UGAGCUGAGAGCGAAGGGGACUUUACACUUAGAAGCAGCAGCAAUACUGGUCCAGCUAAUGUAGCAUCCUUCAUGGUCUAAACAGCAUAACCACAAAUGAUAUUGCUCAAGCCUGCUCUUAUCCCUCACUCACUCCCUUACACUUGUUUUGUUACCUAACAUUUUUGGGGGAGGGGGAAAAGGCUGAGGGGUAUUUUUCAUUGCUGGGAAGAGGGGAGAGAACACUCAAGAUGACUUCUUUACCGGCAGCCAACUGGAGUGCAAAUGAGAGCAGCAGAUGGAACAUGAGCUUUGCUGGACCAGGGGACAGCUGGGAGCAACCACUGGGGCCACAGGCUGGGAAUGCUUCUCCCCCUGUACAGUCCUCAUCAGCCAACUUCUCCAACCAGUUUGUACAGCCCUCUUGGCGCAUUGCCCUGUGGUCUCUGGCUUAUGGUGGGGUGGUGGCUGUCGCUGUCUUUGGAAAUCUGAUUGUCAUCUGGAUCAUCUUGGCUCACAAGCGCAUGAGGACAGUGACCAACUAUUUCCUGGUGAACCUGGCCUUCUCAGAUGCUUCCAUGGCAGCUUUCAACACCCUCAUCAACUUCAUCUACGCCCUGCACAGUGAGUGGUACUUUGGGGAGGCUUACUGCCGUUUCCAUAACUUCUUCCCCAUCACUGCAGUCUUCGCUAGCAUCUACUCCAUGACAGCAAUUGCGGUUGACAGAUACAUGGCCAUUAUUGAUCCCUUGAAGCCCAGGCUGUCUGCAACUGCUACUAAGGUAGUCAUUGGGAGCAUAUGGAUUUUGGCUUUCCUACUUGCAUUUCCACAGUGUCUCUACUCCAUAACCAAGGUGAUGCCUGGGAGAACGCUCUGCUAUGUAGCAUGGCCAGGUGGUCCAAAACAGCAUUUUACGUAUCAUGUCAUUGUGAUUGUACUGGUAUACUGUUUUCCACUGCUUGUCAUGGGUAUCACUUAUACCAUAGUUGGAGUUACCCUAUGGGGAGGAGAGAUUCCAGGUGACACAUCUGACAAAUAUCAUGAACAGCUCAAAGCUAAGAGAAAGGUAGUAAAAAUGAUGAUUGUUGUCGUGUUGACAUUUGCAGUCUGUUGGCUGCCCUAUCACAUUUACUUCGUCAUUACUGGGAUCUACCAACAGUUAAAUCGUUGGAAAUACAUUCAGCAAAUCUACCUAGCCAGCUUCUGGCUUGCCAUGAGCUCCACAAUGUAUAACCCUAUUAUCUACUGUUGUCUUAAUAAGAGAUUCCGAGCUGGUUUCAAGAGAGCAUUUCGUUGGUGCCCGUUUAUUGAAGUUUCUAGCUAUGAUGAGCUGGAGCUCAAGGUAGCCAGGUUUCAUCCCACCAGACAAAGUAGUUUGUAUACUGUUUCAAGAAUGGAGUCUAGCAUGAUGGUAGUGUUUGACCCAAAUGAUGGAGAUAAUUCCAAGUCUACCAGAAAGAAAAGAGCUGCUUUACGGGACACAAGUUUCAAUGGCUGUUCACAAGGGAAUUCUAAAACCAUGUCUACAACCUCCAGUUUCAUCAGCUCACCCUACACAUCGGUGGAUGAAUAUUCCUAAGGACCCCAAUAACUUUGCAACAGUUGUGAACAGGGCAGUGUUGUGCAUGAAAGCUAAUGUUGUUCCACCUUAGAACCAAAUAGUCAUGCUACAGGAAGGCAGUCAUGAUCCCAGUGGUAAACCUAACUGUAAAUAUCAUAAGAAUUAUUGGCCAGGCUUACAUUUGUGCUUUGGGAGAAAUAGAGAAACUCUAAAGACAUCUGUUUACAUCAGUCUGACAACACAGUGGCACUUUGUACGUAAAACUGCCUAAGUAUUAUUUGAAACAAAUUAACAACAUAAAUUUAUUGUUCUUGUUGAUCUGUAAUGACCUGCUGAUAGUCACAUUUCACUGAUCAAGAUGUAACAAAGCAGCUUCAACAUAUUACAGUACAAAAUAUUCUGGAUUUUUAUGUUGCUCAUUUACAGAAGGAAAGUUACAUUAUACUGGGUAUAACAUGUCCUUCUCAAUCUAGUCAUAAUUAACCCCAGAUCCUGUUCUCCAUUACACAAAAGUCCGAACCCAUUCCUGAUUUUCCUCCUCAGGAUGUUAUCCUGCUGAAUUCAAUAUGAAGUUCAGUCCUGUUCAGAGCGUGAUCUAUACCAUGCUUAAGUCCUGCUUAAGCUCUAGCUUUUAGGGUUUGAGUCAAUUUUAACUGGGGUAUAGAUUUUGUGCUCACUCCUGCAUAUAAAUUAAUCCCACUUUGGAUGAGAAAACUGGGCUUUAUUUCCCCUACAGUUCUCUUCUCUCUUAAGAGGACUACUGGCUUCAAAAUGAAGAUCACUUAACAUAAUCUGUAUAAAAGAUCUUCAUUAAAUGUGAAUUUAUGUGAUUCUGCUGAAGAGAUCUCUCUUCAGUAUGACAGUAUUUAAAAAUGCCUUAACAGAAGAAAUAGAUAUUAUUUCAUAGGGAUUAUGUGGCAUUAACUUUGUCACUGAAUAAUUUGUAUGUAUAAAUAAAUUCAGACAAGUGAAACUCAUGGUCAAUUACCCAUUUUCUUGCAGAAGCAAGAUAGUGCACAUCCUCUUUCUUCAGAUACAAACCUGCUCUUUUUAGAAGUGGCUUGAGCAUUGGUGAUACAUACAGGAAGCACAGUGGGGGGAGCACGUGCCCCCCUUACCCACCGCAAAUUGGCUCCUGGAAGUGAGGGCGCCGGGAGAAGCACCAAUGGGCCCCCCCUGCGGCAAGAGAAGUGCCAAUGUGCCCCCUUUGUGCUAAGAGAAGUGCUGGUGGCAAAACCAGAAGUGUUGGUGGAAGUGUCACUGGCACUUCCAGUUUCACUGCUGGUGGUUCUGGGAUCAGCGAUUGGCCGCUGGGGGACAUUCCCCCUCCCCCCAGUCAGCGAUCAGCUGCUGAGGGACACCACUUACCCCCGAUCGGUGAUCAGCGGCUUGUGCUCUCCCAGAAUCAUAAGGCACCAGUCGCCCAUGACAAGCCAUAAAUGCUAUUCAUUUCAGUUCAAGUUAAAAUAUGGCCACUGUCCCAGAUGAGCAGUUUGUUCUUGCAAGGUUAUGAUCCAAGAUAUCAAGAGAGUUUAAUUCAAAAUAAAAGUGGAUGCUGUGGGAUAACUGGCAAGCUUUUCCCAUCAUUGUGUGCUAACAGCAGCUUCCAAAAUUUUUGCAGCAUUUACAUUCCAGCAAAACUUAACUCUAUCCCUGAUGUAGUUUUCAGCAUGCACUGUAUCAUCAACUAAUCCAGAUUUGGGGCCAGAAACAACCAUUUGUAUUAUGUCCUAGUCUGACUUUAAAGUCGGAAAAUGGUAGAUAAUACUGAUGAUGAGCAUGACUUUUAGUCAUGUAAAUUUAGACAGCUAAAAAUGUGUGAUGUUUUACACUGUAUGAAAAUUGUCCUUCAACAACUUCUCCAUAACAUUCUAAAGCAUUGCAGUGUUCUUCAAUGAAUUUUACAGGUCUGCCUCACACUUCUGUUUCUGCACCCAUACUACCAAAAGCAAAUGGAUCAUUUAAUAUUUAAGGACCUGACUGCAUCCACACAUAUGAUGCUAAGGGAUCUAUAUUGUCUAAUCAUGAGCCUGCAGCUGUUGCACCUGCAAAAUGUAGGUGGAAAAACAAGUCUCAACAUUCACAAAAUGGUCCUAUGGACCAUCGUAUUGCAAAAGUAUAUUUCCUCAAAUAUAGGAGAGAGUUUUUUUAUGGGUGUGUUUAGAAAUUUUGUGGUGACAUUUUUAGGAGGCUAACAGCCCCCAAAUACGAAACAAAUAUAAAAGAUUAGCUUCUGACAUUUUCAUAUAAUAAAGUUUUCAGAAAAGUAGCCUUUAAAAAAAAUCACCUUGUGUGACAAAAAAUUAAUCCUUUGAGAAGGUGAGCACCUCCUGAGAGGUUCAAUAUGUGCUCAUCUCCUACAGUGUACAUAAAUCUCCAGUUUUCACUCUGUGCUUCUUCAAGCAAAUUUGCAGAGAGGACAGAAGAUUCUAACUGCUUACAUAAGAACUGACUAAACAUCUCAAGACUUGGCCCACAUGGGUUGAGGGCAUCUAGCACUUCUGUAGCUGGGCAUGCCAUAGGUUUGGUAGAUACUAGGGAAGAAGUGUUCAGUGUUCAAUCAUCUUAAUUCAAAAUUAACAUGGCUACAGUCCUUGUGUUGCUCAACAGCAAUGAGGUCUCUUAAGAUUAGCGCUCUUUAAAUUAUGACAAGCACACCUUCUGAAUCACUGGAGAAUCCAGCACUAUACUGUUGAAGUUAGCUGUUAUGUUACCAUGAAAUCUCAAGUGUCUUUAAUAUAAAUCUCCCUUUUUUUCUGAUAUAAGAAGUACUGCAUGAUUGACUCUGUAAAGACACUUAGACCCAUAUCUGUCCAAUACAUGUGUAUGGAAUGAACAGACCAUAUAACAUGUUUUCAUACAAUACAGUAUGGCUUGUGUGUCUCUAAUAUGGAUUAUGACAAAAGGGUGUGUGCUUGUAAGUAGAACUACAAAUGGAGACCAGAGAAGCAGAAUAUGAUAAUGAUACAAUGAAUAUUAUAAUUUAGGAAACUGUGAUGUUUCUGUGUGUGAAUGUAUGUACUUUGUAAGAAACAUUAUUAUUAGUUUAAAUAAUUUUAGUUGUAUAAAUAUGGCACAAUAUUUUAAGUGUUUUGUUGCAAUUGUAUAAGAUAAAAUAUACAGGUCAGAAAAAGCCUGAAGUGGAACAUGUUGUUGUAAAAUGUCAGAUUACAUUUUAGAAGAGCUAUCAUAUUAUUUCAUUUCAAUAUAGACAGUUGCUGCUUAGCUUAAACAGAACCACCAUCUCAGGAGAGGAAAGGAAUCACAAAGAUCUUUUCUAGGUGUAUUUUUUUUCUAUUGGCUAAGGUAACUUUACUGUACUUACUGUUCUUAUGAUGAAGAGAAACUUCCUUCACAGAAUUCAGUAAGAGCUUGCCUGUUGACUUCAGUGGAUUUCCUUGAAGAUGUUUAACUGAUAUACAUUGAAAAAUAAUGGAAAAAAAUCAGUUGCAAUGUUUGUUUUUACUUGGAAAUGGAGGAUAUUGUGCUACUGAAGAAAAACACCACCACCAGAAGUAUACAAGCCAUUUUUCAAAAUGUUUCCAUACCAUCUAUAUAGCUUGCUAAACCAAGCACUCUGCCAAUUGAAUAAAAAGGAGACAAUUACUCCUAUGCAAGAAAAGGACCUGGUCAGUUAAAGUAUCACUCAAGAAUGGAAAAACAAAUUCUGAUCUCAGUUCCAUCACUGAAAACCAGAAUAACCUCACUGACUGUUGUGGAAUUACUUAGAAUUUAAAAUGGUAUAACCAGAAUUAAAAAAAAAAAACUAGCUCAGAGUUCUCCACCAGUAAAGCAGACUACAGAUGUCUGAUAUGUUUGAUUUUGUUAAUUAGUCAUAUACACUAAAAUUCAGGCUUCAAAUAAUAAAAUUACUUUAAUUUCAUUCAUUUCUAAAAUGCAUUUAAUGCUACACCUUUUUUAAACAAAAAUGCCCUGCUGCUAAAUGUAAUGGUAUUCCUGUCUUCAUUAACAGGUCUUUUGCCAACCAAAAUUUGGAAUCCUAAAACACCACUGUCUCCCAUUACCUUAUUUACUCCCAUAUCACAUGAGCCUUUUUCCCAAAAAUCAGCCUCCCAAAAUUGGGGUAUGUGUCUUUAGUGAGGAAGCUGAUUUUCUAUCUACUAUAGAAACACCAUGCUUUCAUUCUUGAUUCAGGUUUGAUUCCUGCCCACAACAAUAGUGGCAUUUGUAUUCAGGCAGCUGAGGGAGUCUAUUUACUUAAUGGUUUACUGUACUCCACCGCUGUUCAUGAUUUUCCUUCCUUUUUAAUGGUCUUGAUGUUUGACUAAUCAAGCUAACCUUUCUCAAUGUUGCUGUCUUUUAGCUACCCCUGGUCCUUUUCCUUCUAUUUCACAGCUUUGUAGACUGCUUUUAGCACUUUCAAAAUCCUGGAUUCACCCAUGGAGACAAGUGUUCAGCAGCAAGGGUUUCAACUCUUGGUUAAACUAGAAAGGAAGGGGGAGUGAAUUGAAGAUCAGACUUUAUUCCUGUUCCGUGCAGCCAUAACUCCGGGAAAAAUCUAGGUUUUUCAUUCUGCCUUCCCAAAAACAAGGUGGGUGUCUUAUUUGGGGGCACGUGGUACACACAAAAAAACUCCAGUAGUUAGCUUUUCAGACACACCUGCAUGCCUACUGCUUUCAGGCAACAGGCAAGAGGAGGGUAGUGAAUCUGAACACAGGAAGGCUAAUGUUAUGGAGUAUAGGAAGGCUGGCACUAUAAAGUACUCAAAAAAUGUAAUGGCUUAACUUGAUACAUUUUGAGACAAUUCAUAACAUGAAUGAAAUAGACUGAAGUCUUGAAAUGGGCAUAUUGUAACAGAGGUUUGCUUUCAUGAAUUUCUGACUCAUCUCUGACAUUAACUGCCAGUUUUGUGACAGAUCAAUUAGAAGAGAUUGUGCUUGUCCACCUUACUUCUAUAUCAAGAAAAUGACUUGGAGUUCCUUCAACAUGUACAUGAGUACAGAUGUCACUGUACGUUGCCAGAAUUCAUCUUCCAUUGAAUACUACCUUUCUUAUGGAAAAUGUCAAGAAAAAUAUGAAGGUCAACAUUUAUACUACAACAUUAAAAUAUAUACAGAUGUGCAGCAAAAAAUGGAAGCAGUUUAAAAUAUGCAGAAUAUUUUUUCUUUAUUUUGACCUCUUUUAGAUAUGCCUUUUGCAUGACACUCAAUAAUUCUUCUAAAUUUAGAUAAAGAAACCAUUACUCUUUGCUACUAGAAAAAUUAUAAAUUAAUUUACAAGUCUAGCAUAACAGCAUGAAGGGUGUGAUCCAAACCCCAUGGAAGACACUUUUUUUCUAGCAAAAUAUUUAUAAUGUUUUGCAUUCUUUCCCUCAAAAGAAGAAAAAGCAAAACCCACCAGUACAUGUAAUGCAGUGCAUAUAAAAAAUCUGUUUUAAUAUUUUUCCUUCAAAUGUCCUGAUUUAGAGUUUUCAAAUGUUCACAGGACUUAACACAUAGAAAAGUUUUGGGGGCUACAGAAAACUGAGCAACGUAAUAUUGUAGUCAUAUAUCAUAUGACUGUACUAUAAAGUCUUUCUUGUUAUUCAUGUAGAUUUUUCAUCUAUCAAGAGAUAUGCGCAGAUAAUUUACAGUUGUUAAACUGCC